GCCAAAGGAGAUACAGUUGCUGAUCAUCUGGGCUGUGAUCCUCAAACCCGGUUCUUUGUCCCUCCUAAUAUCAAACAGUGGAUUGCUUUGCUGCAGAGGGGAAAUUGCACAUUUAAAGAGAAAAUAUCACGGGCUGCUUUCCACAAUGCAGUUGCUGUAGUCAUCUACAAUAAUAAGUCCAAAGAGGAACCAGUCACCAUGACUCAUCCAGGCACUGGAGAUAUUAUUGCUGUCAUGAUUACAGAACUGAGGGGUAAGGAUAUUUUGAGUUAUCUGGAGAAAAACAUCUCUGUACAAAUGACAAUAGCUGUUGGAACUCGAAUGCCACCAAAGAACUUCAGCCGAGGCUCUCUAGUCUUCGUGUCAAUAUCCUUUAUUGUUUUGAUGAUUAUUUCUUCAGCAUGGCUCAUAUUCUACUUCAUUCAGAAGAUCAGAUACACAAAUGCACGCGACAGGAACCAGCGUCGUCUUGGAGAUGCAGCCAAGAAAGCCAUCAGCAAAUUGACAACCAGAACAGUGAAGAAGGGUGAUAAGGAAACAGACCCAGACUUUGAUCACUGUGCUGUCUGCAUAGAGAGCUAUAAGCAGAAUGAUGUUGUCCGGAUUCUCCCCUGCAAGCAUGUUUUCCACAAAUCCUGCGUGGAUCCCUGGCUUAGUGAACAUUGUACCUGUCCUAUGUGCAAACUUAAUAUUUUGAAGGCCCUGGGAAUUGUGCCAAAUUUGCCAUGCGCUGAUAACGUAGCAUUUGAUAUGGAAAGGCUUACCAGAACCCAAGCAGUUAACCGAAGACCAGCCCUGGGUGACCUCGCCAGUGACAACUCCCUUGGCCUUGAGCCACUUCGAACUUCCGGGAUCUCACCGCUUCCUCAGGACGGAGAGCUCACCCCUAGGACGGGAGAGAUCAACAUUGCAGUAACAAAAGAAUGGUUUAUUAUUGCCAGUUUUGGCCUCCUCAGUGCUCUCACACUCUGCUACAUGAUCAUCAGAGCCACAGCUAGCUUGAAUGCUAAUGAGGUAGAAUGGUUUUAAAGAAGAAACAAACUGCUUUCUGACUGAUUGCCUUGAAGGAAAAAAAGAACCUAUUUUUGUGCAUCAUUUACCAAUCAUGCCACACAAGCAUUUAUUUUUAGUACAUUUUAUUUUUUCAUAAAUUGCUAAUGCCAAAGCUUUGUAUUAAAAUAAAUAAAUAAUAAAAGAAAAAGACUGUGCUGUUGAGUAUUAAUCCCCCA